AUGUCUGGAUUCACCUCAAUUUUCGGCAGCUCUGGUGCUGCCAAGGACAGCGCUCCCGGUGCUUUGAGCACUUCGACUUCGUCGGCUGGUAACGCCGAGAUCAAGAAGAAGCUCCAACAGCAGAUCUCGCAGGAACUGGCAGUGGCCAAUGCCACCGAGUUGGUUAACGUAAGUAGAGUGGUACGGGGAGAACAGGCCCAAGAGAAGAAUUAA